AUGGACGUGGGCCCGGACCCUGGGCUGGUGCAGAAGUUCAGCUGCCUGGGCACCGCCGACAAGGUCGUGCUCGUCUCUGAGUUCCAGCGGUUGCUCGGCUUCCAGUUCAACCCGGCCGGCUGCGCCUUCCUCCUGGACAUGACCAGCUGGAACCUACAAGGAGCAAUUGGCGCCUGUUAUGACUUUGAGAGCCCAAACAUCAGUGUGCCGUCUGUGUCCUUUGUUGAAGAUGUCACCAUAGGAGAACGGGAGUCGAUAUCCCCUUAUGCUCAAUAUAUAAAAACAUGGCGGAUCCAAAAUUCUGGGGCAGAGGCCUGGCCUCCAGGGGUUUGUCUUAAAUAUGUCAGGGGAGACCAACUUGGACAUGUGAACAUGGUGUUGGUGAGAUUGCUAAACCCCCAGGAGAUUGCAGAUGUCAGCAUCCAGAUGUGCAGCCCCAGCAGAGCAGGAAUGGAUCAGGGACAGUGGCGGAUGUGCACUGCUACAGGACUCUACUAUGGAGAUGUCAUCUGGGUCAUUCUCAGUGUGGAGGCGGGUGGACUUCUAGGAGUAGCACAGCAGCUGUCAUCUUUUGAAACGGAGUUCCACACACAGCCACAUCGCAAGGUAGCAGGAAACUUCACCCUGUUUGCCUCUCCCCAAAAGAACCGACAUUCAGAUGAAAAAAAAGACCCUGGGGGUUCCGGGUUCGACUCGAUCAGCAAAAACACACGGGCUCCCGCGCCUGACCAAACCGAGCAAGAUGAGAGUAGAGUCCCCCAGAACUCUGUAAAUCUGUCCCCCAGCAGUCACGCAGACAACUUAUCAGUCGUGACUUACAGUAAGGGGCUCCGCGGGCCUUACCCCUUCAGUCAGUCUUAA